AUGUUCGAGCAACAUUGGAAAAAAUCGAACGGAAAUUCAGGAAAGGUCUUAUUCUCAAAGUUGGACAGCAACGACGAAGAAGAAAGUCUUCUUGUGGAGUCCGAUGAAGAGAAUCGAGUUUCCGAGCAUAAGCAACUUGAUUAUGCUCUUUUUGAAUUCACCGAUGAGGGUUGUGCUAUUCUUGAGCCCAGAGAAGAAGUUGCCGAUGAUGUUGUCGAUCAAGAUGCCGAUGAGGUUGUCGAUGAGGUAGCUGAAGAGAUUUCUGAUGUUGUUACUGACGAAGAACAUGAGACUUCCGAAAAUGAAGAUGUUGCAUCGCAAAUAGAGAGUGUAUACACUAUUGAUAGUGAAGUUUCUCGUCUGGAAAAAUUGAGAUCGGAAAGCAGUUAUUCGGAACCUGUGAUCGUAGGACCUGGGGUGGAAUCCUUCCUUGAAGCUUCAAGAUUGCUUAAGUUUUUUGAAGGAAAGAACUUCAAAGAGUUCACAAAACAUUUGCAAAACAUUCGUGAAACUCACCAGAAAAUCGCUGCUCUCGGAAAAAUUUACAAUGAUGAUUUCCGUUUUGAGUACGUCGAGAUUGGGAUCAUUGAUCGCAUGAUAACAGUGGUGGCAGAAGACGUGGCUCGGAAAGCAGGAGACGAAGAUAUAAUUCGAAUGAAGAGAUUGUUCAAACGCCUAAAGCACAUUUAUAAACGAAUGGACACUGUCGUAGAGCUCAAUAAAAAGAUUGAAGACAUGCUCAAUAAUGUACUACUGCUGAAAAACAAAUUGAAAAGACAAGCGCAAACAUUGGGAUUGCAUUUUCUUUGCAAUUUUCUGGAUACUAAAUUCGACGAGCUCUCUUUGUUGGACGAGGAAAAUGAAUAUCAAGAGGAUGGAAUUCGAGAAUAUAUUCUUCAUGCCAGUAACAAGUCUGACAACGGGAGUGAUUCAGGCGGAAGCGAUGCUUCAGAUCCCUUUAGUGAUCCAGCUGAUUACGUCCAAUCAAAUACUGGCAUUUUUGGUCCUCAAGUCAAUGAGCCUGAAAAUGAUUUUGAUCUAUCUGAAUUGGAAGGCGAGAAUAACGACUGGUACGUGCAGAAAUGGACAGUUGAACAAGAUUGCAGUUCGGAUGCUUUCAGCUUAGUGACGACGAUUUCGAUGAAAUAUCAAUUGAUGUAA